AAAACACGUCAGUCACAUUUCCCAGUCACCUGAAAACGUGAUUGAUGUGGGUGUGGAGGGGUGUGUGUCCGUAGGUGUGGAGGUCGAGUUUGACAGUUCAGCCCCGGAGAUGCUCAGCUCAUACACGGCUUUACUCUGAGCGCACGAGCAUUGCACAGGUAGCUGCGAGCUGAACAGAAGCCCGCUGGACACUCUUGCCUGACGGUGUAGUUUUUUGGGUUUUGUCUUUUUUCAAAGGAACGGUUGGCACACUUGCCUCGUGCCCUGUGCUCGCUCCGUUUGGCGCGUGAAAGCUCUGUGCGCCGGUAUUCCAUGAUACCUUCACCUGUUUCGGUUCUGCUUGUGCUGCGCUGAGAAUCUGAGACUGACUUGAGGACAGAGAAUAUAUUUAUUAUUAUCCUUUAAAGCUCGAGUGAGACAUAUCAAGGAUGGACAACAGUCCGGGAGGUGUUAUACUAUAUGCUGGCUCCAACGGCAGUGCCAGCCCUAGCCCAGGAAGUCCAUCCAGUGGGUAUCAGACCCAGUCGCCCUCCUCACACUCCCAGCCUUCAUCCCCAGAGGAGGUCACCUUCACCGAGAUUGGGGCUCUGAAGCAGCAUGGUAGUGGUGGGACACCCCCAUCUCCCAAACUGGUGUUCCAGUUCCCCGAGAUCUACAAUGGCUCCACGACAGCCUCCGGCCAGCAUUCUUACUCACACCCCAUCGCAGGCAAAAGGCCCUGUGGAUUCACUGGCACCUUUACCAAAACAGGAGGCAUGGUUCUGCUGUGCAAGGUGUGUGGUGACAUCGCAUCAGGAUUCCAUUAUGGUGUGCAUGCGUGCGAAGGCUGCAAGGGUUUUUUCCGCCGCAGCAUCCAGCAGAACAUCAACUACAAGAUGUGCGUGAAAAACGAGAACUGCCUGAUUAUGCGCAUGAACCGCAACCGCUGCCAGCACUGCCGCUUCAAGAAAUGCCUGGCUGUCGGCAUGUCCCGUGACGCUGUGCGUUUCGGCCGUAUCCCUAAACGUGAGAAGCAGAGGCUGUUGGACGAGAUGCAGAGCUACAUGAACAGCCUGAACGAGUCAGCAAGCAUGAACAUGACCUCCUCCCCUCCCUGUGAGCCCUCAACAAGUCCCAUAGAGAUUCAGCCCAAAGAAGCCAUCAGCUCCAUGGCCAGAGCCUACCAGGACAUCUUCCCAGGUGGUCAAGACCAUCUGAGAAAGAGGGUGGCCAGCAUCAGCACCAGCAGCAGCAUGCCAACCUCCUUUCAUAGCUCCCCUUCUCAGGAAAACAACUACACCCACACCAACCCUCCUGCAGUGUACCACUCCAGUGCCCCUGUGGGGUACACAGCACCCUCUCUCUGCCCUGUAGCCCACAAUGACAGCAAAUGCCCACUGUCCUCAAUGGACAACGCUCGCUAUAACUUCCCUGCAUCCUCCAAUCAGAACCACUGCCAGUCCACGAUCAGCACGCCUCUGCAGCCCAACCAGGCCAAUUACAGCAGCAGUUAUUCGGCUGGGGAGAUGCAGACCCAGACCUUGUGCCCAUGGAAGCUUGAUGCAGGCUCCAAAGUGCUGGCCUGUCCCCUGAACGCAUGUCCAGUGUCGGCACCAGGGGUCUCCAGUCAGCAGGUGUGGGAGUCUUUCUCACAGUGUUUCACCCCUGCAGUGCGAGAGGUGGUGGAGUUUGCGAAGGGCAUCCCAGGCUUUCAGGACCUCUGCCAGCAUGACCAGAUCAUGCUGCUCAAAGCAGGCACUUUUCAGGUCCUGAUGGUGAGGUUCUGCUCACUCUUCAACCCAAAGGAAAGGACGGUGACUUUCCUUAAUGGACAGGCCUACCCACUUGCUACCCUAAGAGCGCUGGGCAUGGGCUCACUACUGGACGCCAUGUUUGAAUUCAGUGAGAAGCUGGCCUCUCUAGGCCUGGAGUCUGACGAGAUGGCACUUUUCAUGGCGGUGGUGUUGGUCUCUGCAGAUCGUACUGGCAUCUCAGAUACGUCAGCUGUAGAUCAGCUACAGGAGGGUCUGAUCCGGGCACUGCGCGCCUUGGUGACUCGUCGUCGCCCUGACGACAGCACCCUCUUUCCCAAGCUGCUACUGCGCCUGCCGGACCUGCGCACCCUCAACAACCUGCACUCAGACAAGCUGCUGGCCUUCCACAUCGACCCAUAAGUUGUUCACACCAGCAAACCAGCCACAACCAGCCAUGACUGGCCAUUUAGAGCAGGGUUUCCUCUGGUUCAGAGGAAGACUGAUCAUUUAGGAGAAGCAGAGAAGAGUGGAUGAAGCUCUCGUAAGAACAUUUAAACUUUUGUGUCAGAGAGGGCAUCAGACACAAUUGGAAAGACAGUCAUCUCAACUGGACUGAAAGAAGAGUGACUCUCCUUUUUCUCAGUACUUUCCAUGACUCUUAAGAACAUACAAAGCACCCCAAAAUGUUUUCCAAGUGUCAUUUCUUCAGAGGGGAGGGUGUUUCUUAUUCAUGUCAUCGCUAACCAGCUUAACGAUAGAACUGUCAAGGGACUUUUUCCAAGACCAAAAA